AUGAUCGGUGGGCUAUCAGUCAGACAUCCACACCAGCGGAGGGAAUCAGAAGCAGCAGCCAUGCAUCACUCCCUGCUGUGCGUCCUGGGACUCCUCGCCCUCUCCUCCGCCUGCUACAUCCAGAACUGCCCCCGGGGAGGGAAGCGGGCGCUGCCGGAGGGGGGCGUCAGACAGUGCAUGCCUUGCGGCCCUGGAGACAGGGGCCGCUGCUUUGGCCCCAGCAUCUGCUGUGGAGAGGGCCUGGGCUGCCUACUGGGCUCCGCAGCUGCAGCUCACUGUGAGGAGGAGAACUACCUGCUGACCCCCUGCCAGCCUGGAGGGAGACCCUGUGGACCUGAGGGGGGGCACUGCGCCUCCUCGGGACUCUGCUGCAACUCUGAGGGCUGCAUGUUGGACUCUGACUGCCUCGGGGAGACAGACGCCGCAGAUCCGGCCCAAAGCUCUGCAAGGAGCUCCCCUACAGACCUGCUGCUUCGUCUCCUUCACGUGGCCAGCAGAGGACAGAACGACUACUGAUGCCAUAAGCGUCAAGCUCCCCCUCUGCGCCCGACGACCUGCAGCAACGACAGAAUAUUAGACCUCAAUCUGUGAACUCUGAACCCAGUCGACUUUUUUUUUUUUUUCUGUCUUAAACGUCUUUUCUGUGCUCUUCAAUUUGUUUUAAUAGAAACAUAAGAACAGAGAAUGAAACGAACCACAGCAUAGAUCUUGUUUACCAUCAAUUUAAGAAGAAAUGUACAUACAUGCACAUAAUGUGCACAAGUCAAGACAAAGGAAAUCGUGUAAAUAAACAAAGGAUCAUGGA